AUGCUUUGGGUAGACAGAGAAUGUGAUCAAAUCCGUCCAUCCUUUAUAGCAAUUGCGCUCACCGCCAUGUAUACUUGGGCCAUACCAGAAAAAACUUUUACGCAGAACUACCAUGCUAUGCAAGUAUCACUCGCACCGAAAGCUAUGGUCAUACUGCAUACAGAAACGCUAACAUCACGUGUGUUGAUGAUGCAUCGUCCAGCAGUUUUAUGUCCAGGAGACAGCAUAGCAGUAGCAACCGCUUACGUCUUACCGGAUCAAAAAUUGUCUCGCGGAACUGAUGAAAGCAAUACGUGGCUCGGAACUUCAAUCUUCUCGGCCGCUGGUCCCCUUUCGGAUACACCCAGUCUCUUUGGAAAUAUUAGAUUCAGGGGGUCCCGAUUGAGAAACACAAUAAAAGGGGUUGUGGUUAUCGGAGUUUGGAGUUUAAGGCACCAGUCCUUCAAAUUCAAUUCACUCUUAGAUUCACUCUCGUAUCCUCUCGGCGGUAACUUUGAGGAUGCGCACUUUGGUCAAGCUCGUUGUUUCCAAGAUCCUUUGACAAAGGGGCAAUGCCCGCCAGUCUCAGAAUCCCAAUUUGGAAUAGACAAAUGGGAUUCCGGGGAAUGUGAGAACUAUGGUAGGUGUCAAAUGGGAGUCUGGGGAAGUUCGAGGACUAGAGUUGUACGGGUUGAUUGGAAUCCUGAGGAAAUCGUGAGGACUAAAGAAGGCUAG